CCAUCAUCAUUGCGCGACUUGACACCUUGCCUACUCAACCUCACGAUGGACCGUAAGCGCAAAUUAGAUGAUCCAGUAAGCUCUCACCCUCAAGCGAGCAAAAAGCCCAAGGGCAACGGGGACCUCGACGGAGCUUUCCCAGCCGCAGAACUACAGAAAUUGUUGGACACGGUCCUUGAGCGCAAAGAUGUGUCCGAGUCUAUCUUUCAAAGCGCAAAGGAUUUAAAGGAGAAGAUAUCAAGUUCAAGCGCUCUUGCUAGUCCGAAGGAAGGCCAAAAACAAGAGCAGCCCGACGUGCAUCCGCAAGGCAUCUCCAAACCUUCCACCCCCAACCUCCCAAAAGCUAGCGCAACAAAUAAAACCCGUCUACCGCCCUUACCGAUCAUCAAAUCCGAAGUACUUCUAGGCCCCAUCUUCACGCAUUCAUCAUUUGACGCCAUCCGACCGCUCGGAACCGACACCCACACCUACGAACCGCUCGAGUUCCUCGGCGAUGUCUACAUCGAGCUUGCAGCAACGCGCCUCGUGCACCUACGACCCCGCAUCAAAGUCAACCGCAAAUCCUCCAUCCGCGAGCUCUGCGUGAAGAACGAGACGCUGGCCACCUUCUCGCGCAAAUAUGGCCUCGACCAGCGGCUCCGGAUCGCCGGUAGCCUAGAGGACUGGGGGACGAAGGGCACGGAGAAGAUCCUCGGCGACGUAUUCGAGGCCUAUGUUGCGGGCGUGGUCGAAGAGCAUGGGUAUGCGGUGGCGGAGGCGUGGCUUUGGGGUUGUUGGGAGCCGUUGCUGGCGGAGAAGCUGAAGGAGGAGUGGACGCAGGCUGGGCAGGACGAGCCGCAGAAGGACGGAACUCAGGAUUUGUUUGAGAAGGAUCCGAAGACAGGUUUGGCGCGGUUAUUGUUGAGCCCAGGGGUCAAGCUGGACUACAUUACCGAGAACGAACAGAAAUUUGCGAAGAAGGGGUUCGUCAAGUACACGGUCAGCUUGUAUCUCACGGGAUGGGGCUAUGUCAAGCAGAAGUUGGGCGUUGGGGUGGAUCACUCAGUGAAACUGGCCGGGAUCGCGGCGGCAAAGGAUGCGAUGAAGAAUCAACGGGACUUUAUUUUGGUCGUGAAUGCGGAGAAGAUUAGGACCGAUGCGGAGAGGAAAGCACAGCGGGAGAGGGAGCUGCAGACAUCGAGUUCACAGCUUUGAUGAGGGAUUGUAGAGAUUCCUAUGUAUCGAGGACAGACUCUUGAGAGCAUGCCGUGUGGGACAGCAAGCGAUACGCGGUUGGCUAAGGCGGACAGAGGGCCGUGAAAUCGAUGGGUGCUCAAUUACUGGAAGUUCUAACCGUGUCUUCACUUGAAUUUCUAGUUUGUUUUGUCGUGAGAUGCUGCUGCUGACAUUUGAGUGGUCCAUCGGUUAUUCCUGCAACAUCAAACUGUCAACAGAUGGAAUGUCCUGCCCAACGAACCAAU